CACGCUCGCCACUUCGCCAGCCACCGUCUGCCAUUCAAACGUGGAGUCUGCCACAAGUCUACACCUUCGAGCGUCUGCUUCCACACACUUCGGUUCAUUUUGGCGAUCGUUCAGUCAUCAGUGAGAGUGAUAUUAGACGUAUUCAACUCAACAAUCCUCGCCAGCUUCAAAUUAAACACCUAAAGACAAUCGUCGUACAUCACCGGUUCCAACAUGAAGACCUGGAUGCUGGUGCUGCUGCUGCUGGGGGUAAUGAGCGUGGUGGCAGCCUUCCCCGAGAAGCUCGACGACUCCAACGAAACUCAUGAUGACGACGACGACAACAGCUACGAAGAUGAGCCUAAGAGACCAUACAGUUUCUCAUGGGACGCCUCCCGUUACUACAACGGUGCCCCAGACAGGGAACACAAGGAGCAGCGUGGUGAGGACGGCAUCACCAGGGGCGUCUUCAGGUAUGUGGACCCUCGCCAACAGGUGCAAGAGAUCGUGUACUUCGCUGACGAAAGUGGCUUCCAUGUCAAUGCCUCUAACCUGCCUCAGGAGACUCGCGCUGUACAGGCCGCCCGCUCACGACAUCAGCUCCUCUUCGACAAAAUCCGUGUCGAACACGCUCGUAUCGCAGCCGAGAGGGCGUUGUUAGAAUCACAGGAGACCCAGGAGGUUUACGAGUAGAGAAGACAGGAUAGAGGACGCCCGGAGACACGGGGCGUAGUAAAAAGCGAGUGUCAACAGAUACCUGUUUUAUAAGGAGACGUUUGGUGGAGGGACAAUGGGGUGAAGGAAGAGACGAUAAAAGGUUGAGGUAAUGAAAAAUCAUUUAUGCUAGAAAAAGUUUGGGGGAUUUGUAAAGAAAAUAUAUUGUUAAGAAGUGUUAACAAGAAGAAAACAAUAAUAUAAGAAAAAUAAGAUAAGCUGAUAGGAAGUGACCAUGGGAACUGGAUUAGUUGUAAUGGCGUAGUGUUAACAUAAACAUAGGUUAGCUGGUAGAAGACGACUGGAAUGUGGAUCUAGGUUUUUUUAUUCUUGAAAAGAGAAGGAUAUUUAUUUACUUAUAUUUAUCAAACUUUAUGUACCUUUGGAGUGUUUUGACAAGAAACCAUAAUUUGCAUGAUAAGACAAAAUUAAACAAGGUGGUAAUACCUGUACUCUAUUUUAUCACGACUUGAUGUUUAUGUCCGUUGUACAGUUCAUCUCAAGCUUGUCAGAAUGACUCAAUAUUCAUGUUAAUAUAACUAUUUAAUGCAUGGAUUCAUAACAUUUUUAUCUGCAUCACAUCCUGCACUCACCGACAUUACUACAUCAAUUUGUUACAACACUGUAGUGUCCUGCACGCUGUAUAUGUUUAUCUAGUCAAAAUUUCCCUUUGUUUGUUUUACCUAAGACGCCGCUUGGCGCAAACGUGUUUUGAGCUAACAUUUGAGGAAGGUUUCGAAAAACUGUAGUAUACUCCAUCAGAAGCACGUCUGGUAUGACGCCACACGAGAUAAUAUUAUCGCUUAACAUAACCAUAUCUAAUCCAUUCUAGUAUAACCCUAUGUUACGUCUCUUAGAUUAAGUUAGGUUAGGCACCUGGCACCCAUAUUCAGUAGUCCGAAAGUUUAGCCUUGCGUACUAGUAGGGGCUAGAUACACAGUGCCGGAAUCCUCUACUAGUGGGACUUUAUAUUAUAACCAGACCUGAGCCAAGAUUCUCACCGAUUCCAAUUACACUUUUUCUCGAACUGAAAAAUUGAGAACACAGCAAAUAUAUACAGUUUAGCCACGUUACAAAUAUACCAGCCAGAAGACUGUCAAAAUUACACUUGAUUUUCUGCCGUAACAUGAUGGGUUCAUUUAAAACCUAUUGGAGGACAAUUUUAAGAAGACGUUUUAAGAAUCUGAGUUAAGGUUCCUUCCAUCUACUCUAUUGUGGGCUUGUCGCCAUGGGACAAACUAAGCUGCUGCUGCUGCUGCUGCAGCAGGUAUGUGGGCGCCUUUACCAUUUAAAAUAUUGCAUACACCAGCCUCUAGUAGUAUCCAACCUCCUAUAUUCUAUUAUUACAAGGUAUUAACGCUUUCCUCAUACAUUAGGAUGUUUAUUAGGUUUUGCUAAUGCUGCUUUAUAUUGCGUUCUGUGCAUGUAAAUUUUCCCGUGCUAAAUAAACUGAUCAGACUUGA